AUGGUCGUUCCUGGAAACGCCCCGGUCAUACAGCAGGACCAUGCUCUGGAGCCUGACUUAGGACGAGACUCAACGGAGAGCUCUGCCAUGGGCCCUGACACGGAGCCGGCGUCCGAGGGGGUUGGCCCAGAGCUGGAGGAGGUGCGGAAGCUGCGGGAGCUCGUGAGGAGACUGGAGAUCGAGAAUCAGCACCCGAGAACGAGGACUGGCAGGAGCGUGCUGGGGGCUAACACGCAAAGUGAGAUCCGUACCGGCGUGGAUAACCAUGGCUCUGGUCUUAAUGGGACGGAAAUUAAUAACAGCAUCAACGCGAUCACUGAGAAGCAAGAAUUGCAAAUAAUGGCAGAUCUGCACAACCAAUUAAGCAAAAUUAGAAAGGAGGAAGGAGAGAACAACUGCUUAAAAAAGGACAUAGAUGCCCAAAUGCAAUAUAGUUGCAACAGUGCCGCUGAGGAAUUGUCUUCCAAGAUGGGUAAGGUGGAGAUGAAGGCCGGUGAUAACAUCAGAUGUUCUUCACGUACAGAUACAAGUAAUAGCACAGAGCUUAUGGGAAACUUGGUCAUUGCAGGUAUUGAUUCCUCGGUUAAAAUAAGCGAACAGAAUCCCAAUGGAAAAUGUGGAGGUCUAGAAGGCCUUUCGAAUAACACAGAUCUGGAUGAAGCAAGAGUGUUAGAACUUGAAAAUUGCAAUGAAGAGGAAGAUAGCUGGCUUUAUGUGUCCCCGAGAAAAUCUACUACAGAUCAGAAAACGGACUCGCCUUUAAAAUGGUGCCGGCAGGUGUUGGAUAACCCCAGUCCCGAGACAGAAGCAGCCUGCCGAACUCUUAUCAACAGGCUUGAUCAAG